AUGGGGAAACGCACACAAACAACAAACUGCACUCAUGUAGACAUGGACCGUGUCUACGGGCACGACCAGCAGUGUUCUGUUUGUGGCUGCUCAUCCUCCAUCGGCUUCCUCUAUCAAUGCAAACAGGACAAUGAAACAGAACACCUCAGCGAUCUGAUAUCGCGAAACACAUCAAACAUCAUGCCAGUCAAAUCGAGGUUACGGAAAGAGCUGGAGAGAGCGGGGCUGAGCGAAAGUAUUAUUACUGCCGCGGAGAGCGGACACUACACCAAUCACCAACUCCAGAAACUGAAGCAACUGAAGCGCGAUCUGCAACAUACCAUCAUCGAUGUGCAGCAGGCUGAUCAGGCCAAUGAUGCCAUAUCCAGGCUUAUGGACAUGGCAAUGGCGCCUUGUGGCACUGAUGGUGCCAUGAGUAGUCUACUCCCUGCAGAUACGGAACCUUCAGGGUGUAACUUCAAAGCAUGCCAUGGAUGUCGCCCCUAUUACCUAGACCGCGUCUACAUUUCUUUUGAAGCCGUUAUGGCGGGCGAGUUCCCACCCUUGACACGAGCAGAUAUUGAAAAGCUACCCAUCAGGCCCGCUGCAACCAUGCGCAACAUUGGUCUGAGAAGUCCACCACUACCAUCGUCCAGGACAUCCAAUGCCACACCAUCCACAAGGGCGACCUUCAAUUCCCCCACCACGUCAACUAGCCUCCGCCACUCACCAUCCUCAAACACAACCGACUCCAGUGCCGCCACAUUCCAGACCACGCAAACCGACCUGGAUGAAAUAGCAACCCAACGCCGUCCCCGCCUCAACUUUUACAAAAUCGGCCGUCUACCCUCCGCCACCACCACCCCGCCAUCUACCCGCUCCUCCCCCCUCCUCCCCCAAGGCUUCAAGACCACAAUCCAAGGUAUAUUCCGUUACACACGCGACCCCAGUUCCACCAGUACAUCCACCUCCACCUGGGACACAGCAAACUCCACCUCUACUUCAACUAGCUCCUGCAACACAACCCGCGUGCGCCGCCGCCCCCACCGAGAAAACCAGCAUAACCACCACCCUCAAAUCCCGCCCACAUCCUCCUCAUCCGCAGACAGCGCCAUAAGUACAAACUCGGCCUUCAAACUCUACCCGUCCGAGAAGGAAAGUCACGCUCACGUCGCGACGACGACGACGGGGAGGACCCUCACAGCCCGAAUGCACAUACCAGAUGUCGCUACCAUUACGCUACCAGACCCAGCUUCGCGACCGCACAAGUCUGGGCCGCUGGUCCGAACGACGGAAGUUGCGGGUGAGGUACAGGCACCACGGGAGAGGAGCGCGUUGCAGAGCGUUAUGACGCAAGUUUGA